GUGGUAAAGUCCGGUUUAAAAUAAACUACAUUGUACAAUUUUGUCAUAUCAUAGUAAACAUACAUUUAUCAAUGCUUGAAUAAAACAUAACGCGUAAUAUUUACGACCAGCUUUUUACAUUAUACGGAGUGUGAUAUCUUAAGUUUAUAUGUAAGGAUCAGGAAUAUCCAAAAAUGAAGAUUUUGGUUGUGAUGUUUCUUGUGUCAUCUCACUGGUGUACCAACGUUUCAGCUUUACCAAAAUAUUAUAUGGAUGAACAAUGUGGCGGCAGUUUAGACCUUACUGACACGGGAUCUAUCCGGCUCAAAUUAACAUCAAGUCAUGUUUUUCAACCAAGCAUGGACUGUACUUUACUAAUAACUACAUCGAAAUACAAUGAGCAGUUUAUGCUUUUCUUCAGGAAAUUUGACGUAGAAGAUGGUCCUGCAGAUUGUCAAUCAAAUUGGUUACAGGUGCAUGAUGGAUCCCGUAUGAAUGCUUCAUAUGUAGAAGGUUUAACCGGGAAUCUUUGUGGGAGAUCAAUAAGCAAUGCAGUGUGGGUAACGAACGGAUCCAAUCUUUUCCUGUAUUUCCAUAGCGGAACUCAAUACCAGAGCAGGGGCUUUGACAUGGUGAUUACACAGUUUCAUACAGGAAAGUGUAACGCAAGUGAGUAUUCUUGUGGAAAUGGACGUUGCAUCUGUGAUGGGUUGGUCUGUAAUGGAUACAACCCAUGUGGAGAUGAGUCUGACUGUAUUGGUGUCCUCGCUGCUGCAGUAAUCAUUGGCAUUGUAUUUGGCUCACUCAUUUGUUGUAUUGGACUGACAUGCUUGACAAUCGUCUGCUGUGCACGACGCCGACGACGUUCUAAGCGAGGCAUAUAUCAGCCCGUUAUUGUGACGCAGACUACAGGAUAUGGGACAGGAUAUAACUACACGACGUGAAGAAAAAUAGGCGUACAUAUAAAACUGUGUACAUAUUUGUAAUGUCGACCGUAACGUUUAUAUAAACCAUAGACACGGCAACUGUGAAAUUAUGAAACAAUUUCAAGGCUUUCUCUAAAAUGAAAGUUUUCUGUGUUAUAAAUUUGUUACAGGUUAUUCGGUAGUUUAUAAACGCUUCUUUGAAAUAAAACACUCGCGUAGCGGAUCAUUCCCAUUUUUAUAUAGAGCCAUAUAACCUGUCAAAAUCUUUUUUUUACUAACAAUAUAAUUUUAUGCGUUUGUAUUGCAUGACUAAACGAUUUACGAAUGAAAUUUUUUUUGAUUUUAACUCCCUAUUUGUUUUAGUUAUAGACAAUAGUGCAUAUAUGUUGAAUGUUAGCUUUUUGCUUGCUGGCUGCAACAGUUUCUACCCAUGUGACCAGUGCAGACCAAGAUCAUGGUCUGCACUCUUCACUAUUCACAUAGUACAUUGUAUAUAAUUCAUGAUAAUUGGAAAUUGUUUCAUGGUUAACGUCCUAGCUCAGUUGUCUUUAAAGAACCAAUGUUAAUUUAACAUUUCAAAAUAAUUACGAAUUUUUUUUAUAAAUUUUUAAAAACUAUAUUUUAUUCUCAUAUUUUUACUUUCAUUGAUUUGUCAUACUGAUUUGACUUUCUUUUAUCUUUUAUAUUUCGACUAAUUUGUAUUAUUUUGUAUUUUUCUCCACUUACGAUCUGUUAUUAGUUGUUGUUGUUUUUUACAUUUGCUUAACUCUCAAUCUCUCUCGCUUAAAAUGAC